GCAAUUCUAGAGGAGUUCCGCAACAAGCUGAAAUCGCGGAAGCCAGGAGAUAUCUAUAGCCUAGGCAGAUUGUUCCGCAGACUCGACGACGACGGAGACCGGAAAUUGAAUAACCACGAGUUUGAGAAGCUCCUUCGAGAAAUCGGCAUUCGCAAUCAGCAGGUGUGCGCGCUACUUUUCCAGCGCUUUGACACUGACUCAUCCGGCACAAUUGACUAUGAUGAAUUCAUCAGGGCCAUUCGUG